GAAGGCUUCGUCCCCCGCGCGCGGCAGGACAAGGGGCCGAAGACAGACGGAGCCCCUCCCCGAGGCAAUCCCGAACCCCCUUGCGGCACCAUAGAGAGCGGAGCGGGGACCUUCCUUUUCCGGUGGCGGGCACUUCCGCUGGCGGCCGAGGUUCCGCCCUUGGCCGUGCGUUCGCGGCUGGGGCGCCCACCGCCUCCGCGCCGGCCUGAAUUGUGGCCUCCGCCGCCAUGGCGAAGAGCAAGUUCGAGUAUGUGCGGGACUUCGAAGCGGACGACCGGUGUUUGCCCAACUGCUGGGUCGUCGUCCGGUUGGACGGGCGCGGUUUCCACCGCUUUGCUGAACAGCAUGGUUUUAAGAAGCCGAAUGAUGACAGAGCUCUUCAGUUGAUGAACAGGAGUGCCCAAACGGUGAUGGAAGAGCUGGAGGAUAUUGUCAUUGCAUAUGGACAAAGUGAUGAAUUCAGCUUUGUUUUCAAAAAGAAAAGCAAUUGGUUUAAGAGAAGAACAAGCAAGUUCAUGACUCACGUGGUUUCCCAGUUUGCCUCCAGCUAUGUUUUCUAUUGGAAAGAUUACUUUCAGGACCAGCCUCUCUUAUAUCCACCAGGAUUUGAUGGACGUGUUGUGUUGUAUCCAAGUGAUCAGAAUCUAAAGGACUAUCUCAGCUGGCGGCAAGCUGACUGUCACAUAAAUAAUCUCUAUAACACAGUGUUUUGGACUCUUGUGCAGAGAAGCAGUUUGACACCGGAACAAGCACAAAAGAGACUGCAGGGGACGCUUGCAGGAGACAAAAAUGAGAUCUUAUUUUCGGAAUUCAACAUUAACUAUAACAACGAACCCUUGAUACAUAGAAAAGGCACUGUUCUAAUAUGGCAAAAGGUAAAUCAUGUUACUAUGAAAAGAAUUAAAAUUCCCAAAGACCCUGCAGAGAAAGAAGUUGAAGUGACCCGGACAAGAAGUACAGUAGUUCUUUUGCACUGUGACAUCAUAGGAGAUCAGUUUUGGGAACAGUAUCCUGAAAUCCUUUCUGAUGACAGCUGACCUUCCCUACACAAAUUCUGGGGUGAAAUACUUUGCAGAUGAUUUGCAAGGACUGCAUCAUAUGGAGAGAGAAGUGAAUGGCCCAGUAUGAGUGUUGCUAUAGUUUAAAAAGGUGCGCUGCACCUCUUUAAACACUCUUACAAAGCCAUGUUGUGGCCAGAAACACACUGCCAUGAGUCUGUACACUGUACCAUAACAGCAAUGAGGGGCCUUAUAGCAGCAGCAUCAACCAAUUUUACUGUGGAAAAAGAAUGUCUUUAAUUUAAGCUCUGGUCUCAGAGGUACUCUACUGAUGCAAGUCUCCUGAGAUUCUAAGCUGCCCAUUUGAAACUUGGAAAACAUUUAAGCUUUAACUUCAAAUUAAGUUAUAUCAUCAGGGAGCCAAGUUACAAAUUAUCCUACUUGCUAAUGUCUCUGGAUUAUAAGAGUGAUAAACAAAACACCUCUGCAAGUAGCUAAAACUAAUUAGGAACUUUUCUCUCAAGUGUAAAUUAGUUUUGGCCUUUCUGAAAGCUAGGAGACGUAAUUUCCCACUGUAAUCAUACAUUUAUUGUUUGGACUCUCUCCUUGCUGCUUUUCUGAUUAUUAGAGAAGGCCUCAGGUGACCAAACUGGAAUAAUAAAGUUAUUAUAUAAGGGCAGUAUCACAGUAGGGUAUGUUUGUAGGUCAUGCUCUCAUUUUACGGCUGUCUGGGAAGCCUGUCCUGUUCCUACUGUGGAAGAUUGGUUCAACAUCUUGCAGAAAGUACUUUAUGGUGAUGCCAAGCUGAAAAAGAGUUUGUGAUGCUCCUCUGCCCUUCCUUUAAUCAAAGGCAUGAAAUAAUUAUGACAUGAGGUGUUUAUGCAAAAUACAUUAUCUAGUAUGUUUUAUCUGCUUUCUCCUUUGGCAUGUAAAAGCGAUAUAUUAGCCUUUUUGGAAAUUGAUAAAUACUAAAACUAUUUUCUGGUAUAGUGUUACAGUUAUGCACUAUAAAUAUAUUUUGUAUAUAAAAUGUGUGUCUUUCUAAUGGUC